UGCAGGAAUCAAGGAAUCAACCCAAAAUGAACGGUUAAAGAUCUAUCCGGCAUUCCUCGUGAAAUGAUUCCGCAUUUCUGUUCUGUCUCUUUUGCUCGUUACUCUCCUCGUCCUUCAAUCAUCAUCUGAAACUCUAGAACUCUGCUUUUCUUCUUUUUUUUUUACUUGGAGAAUCUAUCAAUCAUGUCGAGGUUUUCUCUAGCUAUCUCUUGCUUUCUCUUUGUCUCAACGAUUGUUAGAGCCACCGAUGUCGAGUACUGCGAUGAUAACAAAGAGUAUGAAGUAAAGGUCCAAGGAGUUAAUAUAUUGCCUUAUCCUAUAGUUAGAGGCGAGCCAGCCACUUUCAGCAUUUCUGCUAACACAGACAAUGUGAUCUCAAGCGGGAAGCUGGUGAUCGAAGUAUCAUACUUUGGAUGGCAUAUUCAUUCUGAGACACAUGAUCUUUGUGAUGAAACAAAAUGUCCAGUGGCAGUUGGAGAUUUCUUGGUAGCGCACUCGCAAGUUCUACCCGGUUAUACUCCUCAUGGUUCGUACUCACUUAAAAUGAAGAUGGUUGAUGGGCACAAGAAGGAGUUAACAUGCAUCAAAUUCUCAUUUGAGAUUGGACUUGGUUCAUCCUUAGCCGCCUACAUUUAGAGCUACAAUCUUGCUUGCUGGAAUCACACCAUUUUUACUUUGUAUAAAAGAAAAACAUUCUCUCUUUUUCAAAA